GAGUAUUCUGUUGUAUACUUCGUAGUUGACCGGCUCUGCCGCGAUCGUCGCAAGACGUGCUCUUGACGUCAGUGCGGGAGGACAUCCUUGAAUGCGAUAAAAGGCGCUCUUCUCUUUCUCUUAUUCUCGUAGAGAAACAAAUCCUGCACAGGUUUGGCACAGGUACUCAUAGUACACCGUACUCCCGGUUCAAAAAUCCAUCAAAAUGGCCCCCGUUCUUGCCCGUCAAUCCUCUGACAGCGGUGAUACCUGCCCGAGUACUAUAUCUGGCGGUGGUAUAGCCGGUAUCGUUAUCGGAUCGAUCGCCGGUACCCUUCUGCUGAUCUGGUUGUGGAAAGUGUGCAAUUUAAAGGGUGCGUGGAGCGGUGGAGAGUCUGAUGUUGGAUAUGUUCCUGGAGCUGGGGCCGAGACCGGGGGUCGACGGCGUAGACGGCGCACGAGUAGCCCGUCUGUGGUGGAAUACGUGGAGAAGGGGAGCCGUUCGCGGCCGAGGUAUCGGGAUGAGCCGAGACGGCCGUCGAGGGUGUAUAUGACUUGACGAACUGUUAUGCCUGCUAUGGUUAUGACUCGAUGUAUUUGUUAUGGCUGACUCGGAUGUUUA